CCUUUAUCAGAUCAUAGAAACAGGAGUUGAGUUAACCAUUUGCAAAUAUAAAAAGUUUAAAAGUAGGCGGCAUUUUGCAAUGGCAACCAUUGUCAAAGAUGUAACACUGAAGCAGGGCGCUUUAAAGGAAUUGCUAAUGACAAAGCAUUCUACUUAUUUAGCUGCUUAUGGAUCAAAGAAAAAUGAUUAUGAAUACUGCAUGACAGAGUAUCUUCGACUAAGUGGGAUAUAUUGGGGUUUAACCGCGAUGGAUCUGUUGGGACAAAUUGAAGAAAUGAAUAAAGAUGAAAUUCUGUCCUAUUUAAAUUCUUGUAAGCAUGAUUGUGGUGGAUAUUCUCCUGCACCACAACACGACCCGAGUAUUUUAUAUACUCUCAGUGCGAUACAGAUUGCAUGUAUUUAUGAUCGAUUGGAUGUUAUAGAUGUGGAAAAGACUGUGGAAUAUAUUGAAAACCUUCAAAAUGAAAAUGGGUCUUUCGCUGGUGAUAAAUGGGGUGAAAUUGACACCCGUUUCUCAUUUUGUGCAAUUGCAUCACUAGCAUUACUCAGUAAGUUGAAAGAAGGUGACAGCAAAGUUGAUUUGGAAAAAGCUGUUGAUUUUAUUAUUUCAUGUAUGAAUUUCGAUGGAGGUUUUGGGUGUCGGCCUGGAUCAGAGUCGCAUUCUGGACAGAUAUAUUGCUGUCUCGGUGCAUUGUCAAUUCUUGGUCAACUCCACAGAGUCGAUGCAGAUUUACUCGGUUGGUGGUUAUGUGAACGACAGCUUCCAUCUGGAGGCCUCAAUGGCAGACCUGAAAAGCUACCUGAUGUUUGUUAUUCCUGGUGGGUUUUAUCUUCACUUUCUAUAUUAGGAAAAGUUCAUUGGAUUGACAGUAAAAAAUUAAUCAAUUUUAUUCUUGCGUCACAAGAUGAUGAAACUGGUGGAAUUGCUGAUAGACCUGGUGAUAUAGUUGACCCUUUUCAUACUUUGUUCGCCAUCACUGGUCUCUCACUUCUUGGUGACUCUAGAUUGAAGAAAGUUAAUCCUGUGUUUUGUAUGCCACAGUAUGUCAUUGAUAGAGUUGAUAUACAGAUACAAACUUUGAACUAAUAUUGAAAACUUGUGCCACACUGUAAUUCAACACGAUCAGUGUACCACAUGUUGAUGCAUGCUUUUGCACUAUUUGAUGUUUAAAGUUGAUAGCAAACAAUGUUAAGCAGCCUCGAGUUGAACUCAAAAACUCGUACUCAACUAACGCCAGUGUGACUUAUCUAAGUGAUUAACUCAACUCUUUAGACUCUGAUUACCUGUGAUUCGACGUGACUCAGGACUUGCGGUUCAGGGGUUUGUACCCAACAAUGAUAUUAAAUCCUUCCAGAAUAUUGUUUUGUCACAUUCAAUUAAUUGGAAUGUCAAUUUGUUAAUGGUUCUACUACCAGGAGGUGGGUGUGGUUUGCUAUUUAAUUUACUCUUGAUAUUGGAAUAAAAGUAUGGCCUAACCAUAACCUGGUACACAUACUACGUUCUGGUGUCCGUCAUCUUGGUUCGCAUACUUCGGGAGUACAGAUAUGACUGCCAUGGCAGAUAGGUACAAACAGUUUUCGACUUGUAUAUCAGAGCAGACUAUGGACAACAUGGCUUUCUAACACCCUAAUAUGCGUGAUUAAUUUAUCUUGGUUUAAUGUGGAACACAUUAAGAUUUCAAUAGAUUAAUCAUUCAUUUAUCAAUAUACUACUUUUAACAAAAUGCCGACUUAAAUUAUUUGUAUGGGUAGAUUAUCAUUGUUGAAAAAUUAGACUGAAAUAGUUUCAUGAAGAUAACUAAGUGGAUUUUUCUUUUAAUUUACAUUUGUCAGACUUCUUACAGGAUGCCAAGUUUUCGUCGUUUAUAUGUUUAUAUAAUUAUAUUCACAUGUAUUAUAAGAUAUAUAAAUCACGAGUGAUCUUAUCAUAGUAAUAAGAUGUUUCACAAUAGAAAUUGGUAAUAUGAAUACAUUUCCUAUUCCCAAGCAUAACAUAAUUAUUACAGAUCAUGAAUAAGCAUCGCAUCAUUACUUAUAUUUAAUUUAUCAUAUUUUAAAUUGAACGCUCAAGACAAUAUCUUUUGAUCACUGUUUAAAACAUUUAAACACUACUAUUAUAUUUGUAG